AUGAGGAUUUUAAAUGAUGCAUUACAAGAUAAUGAUUCCACAAACAACCUCCCUAAUGUUGCAAAUGUCAAAAGUCAAGACCCACGAGAUGCAAUAGCUAAAUUGUUGAUUCACAUUUGUCAUCAUGUUGGUCCACAAUUAAGGGAUGCAGUUUCGUUGGCUGCAGUAAAGGAGUGUCUGCGGCUGGUAUCUGAAGAAUUUGGUAUUAUUGAUGAAAAUCCGUCAAAAUCAUUACAAGAAAAUAAUGAUUCUGCAAUGACUAUACCGAUUUUGUCUACCGAUCAAGCUACUGCAUCAUUAAUGCAGGAUUCUACAUUGUUGACAAAGAAAGAUACUGAAAUUAGAGAUGUUGUGCGUAAGGAUAGUGCUUAUUUUUUAUUAUGGGUUCUUGAAGAAAUCUUGAGUAAAGAAAAUUGUAUUUUGGAUCUAACAAGAAAAGAUGUGCUAACAGAUGAAACUCGUAAAAAUAUUUCUACUCUUUUGGAAAGGUCUCUUGCAUGUAAUAAGCGUGCAUCUUUGCAUGGAGAUGCGUACACUAUGUAUCUUUGGAAUGUCUGUGAAAAACUUUGGACUCUGACUGGAACAUUUCCAUGA